CCGCAUUGAAUUCUUAUUCUACAUGCUGCAAACAAGCUUGCCGGUUGUGUUUCUAGUUUCCGGAGAUAAAUUUACUGCCGACUUGGAAGUGGAAGUGAAUCUUAACUAAAACUCUCAGUGCGGAACGAAAGUUGUGAAUGCGCCGUAAAAGGAAAUGCUCAAAAUACAACUGAUUUUAGAUCAGCAGUGGUGUAGAACAUAAGCAGUUCGAAACGCGUUUAUCAGUGGCCGUGAAAAAAUAGUAGCGUGUGAUUAUCUACACUUGGCGGGCAACGAGUGGAUGAUAGCUGCGUAGCUGAUUGACCGUGUUCAGCAAUGAAAAAAAGCUAACCGGUAUCAAGGAAAUGCAAGAAAACACCGCGCUGAGGACACCAGUCCGAGAACUUAGAAAUAGUAGACCACAUGUUGACGAAUCCAAAAAUAGGCAAAUCUAAAUGCAAAAUAACACCUACGAGACUGCGGUAACUAAAAUACAAAGCCAAUUGUAUCAAGUGAAUCUGUGCCAGUGAUCAGCUUACAAUUGAACGAGGAGGGGUCAAUUAGUUAACAACCCAUACUCAAGUGGUAGCGCAAACGAAGGGGAACACGAAGUCAAACAAAACGAAAAUUAUUCAUUGCAACCGUUUAGUGUAGAACUUCAAAACGACAAACCGCGCCAUGGUCGAUGCACUCUCCGACCCGAUAAGUGAUCACAUUGGGCGCCAGUUAUUACACUGGUUCGUGGGGUACUCGUCAUCGUGGUACUCGACGCUGAGUGGAUCGGAGUUUAUCGAUAAUUUUAAGAAGCUCGAAAGCGGUGCCUCCAUUCUCGAGCAAGGGCUGGGCGUAAAGUUUGACGAGGAAGACGAAGCACGGGUCAGAGGUGUCGCUGCCGAACGUCGUGCUAGUAGUCAACGGAACCAUAAUAAUAACAACCGCGAGGGAGGUGCGAAUCGAGAGCGGGCCUGGCGAUUCAUACGGCGUGACGAUCCGAUCGUUGAGUACGGUCAACGGAACUUUGAGAAUUUGAUGCUGGUGGAUAUUAUGGAAAAUUGCGAGGAAGGAAUUCCCGUUGAGAUGUUCAACGUGUUGGCUCCGUUUCACCAAAACAGCGGAGCUGGUGCAGCUGCUACUGGCGCGGCUACCGCACCAGGCAGCCAGAACGGCCCGGCUGGCGGCAGUGCCCGGGGAGGAGUGGAGAAUAUGCAAGUGACUCAACCCUGCAGUGCGCCAUCGUCACCAACCAUCACCUCUCCCGGUGCCCUCAGUUCAACAUCGUUCUGCCUACCGACUGGAGCCAACGGCAGCAGCACCAGUAGCGGAGGUAGCAGUGUCAUUACCAGUAGUGCCGCGACGGACACAGGCGAUCCAAACUGGCAGGCCACCAAAAGUACGGUUCGGGAGCGGAAUGCGGCCAUGUUCAACAACGAUCUGAUGGCGGACAUAAGAUUCAUUGUCGGCACCGACGAACAAGUGCAAACCAUACCAGCCCAUAAAUACGUGCUCGCCACUGGAAGUUCCGUGUUCUAUGCUAUGUUCUACGGUGGAUUAGCAGAGAAUAAACAAGAAAUCAAAGUUCCUGAUGUAGAACCGAAUGCUUUCCUAACCCUACUGAAAUAUCUCUACUGUGAUGAAAUCCACCUGGAGGCGGAUAACGUUUUGGCCACGCUCUACGUCGCCAAGAAGUACAUUGUUCCCCAUUUGGCGCGGGCUUGUGUCAACUAUUUGGAAACUAGUCUAACGGCAAAAAACGCCUGCCUGCUGCUGAGCCAAUCGAGGCUCUUCGAGGAACCGGAACUGAUGCAGCGUUGCUGGGAAGUGAUUGACGCCCAGGCGGAAAUGGCCAUCAAGUCAGAGGGGUUUGUCGACAUUGACCUUAAGACGUUCGAAACGAUCCUAGCCCGGGAGACGCUCAACUGCAAGGAGAUACAUCUGUUCGAAGCGGCACUGAACUGGGCUCACGCAGCAUGUACCAAGAUCGAUAUUGAGCCAACUUCGAACAACAAGCGCCAGGUGCUGGGACAAGCUUUGUAUCUGGUUCGGAUUCCGACCAUGUCGCUGGAGGAGUUCGCCAACCGGGUAGCACAACUCGGUAUCCUGACCAAUCAGGAGACGAUCGAUAUAUUCCUGAAUUUUACCGCCAAGAAUAAGCCGAAGUUGACCUUUCCGAUCAAAUCGAGAGCGGGACUGAAGACGCAGGUUUGUCAUAGGUUCGCGUCGUGUGCCUACCGGAGCAAUCAGUGGCGCUACAGGGGACGGUGCGAUUCGAUACAGUUCUCCGUUGACAAGCGGAUUUUCAUUGUUGGAUUCGGGCUAUAUGGAUCGUCGACUGGGGCUGCAGAUUACGAAGUGAAGAUUGAGCUGAAACGAUUGGGUCGUGUAUUGGCGGAAAACUGCACCAAGUUCUUCUCCGAUGGCUCCAGCAAUACGUUCCACGUGUUCUUCGAGACACCUAUUCAGAUUGAGCCAGAGUGUUUCUACACCGCGUCGGUGGUAUUGGACGGUACUGAGUUGAGCUUUUUUGGACAGGAAGGAAUGAGCGAGGUCAGUGUUGGAACAGUGACUUUCCAGUUCCAGUGCUCUUCAGAGAGCACGAACGGUACUGGUGUGCAAGGUGGACAAAUUCCGGAGCUAAUUUUCUAUGGUCCGAUGGGUAUGAGCAGUCAAACUGCUGGGUUGCCUGGAAGCAGCAGCAGUAACACCAUCAACAAUAACAAACCAAAUAUUUCAUCUAGUGGUGGUACAACAGGAGGUUCAAGUAACUCGUGUUCUACGCUGAACAAUGUGAGCGUGUUUUCCAAUGGAAAUGGAGACAACGGUCCAAAUGUGCUUUCGGGAAAUGGUAUUGGAACCGUAUCAGUACUAAACAACGAAAGUGAUUGACUGGAAGCGCAGAAGAAAAAAUAAAUGAAAAAUUUGAAAUUGUGUGAUACAAAUAAUUGAGCGAACAUGAAGGAUCCAAUGUAUGUUCAAAUUCAUAGAGAUUUAACUUUCCGGCUUUGUCACGAAUUAAACACACUAUAAUGUAGAGAGAACUAUAAUGAAACAGUCAUUGAAAAAGCCCACAAACCUAGCUGAAAUGAUUCAACAAAGAUAUAAGAAUGGAUAUUUAGACUGAAACGAAGAAGUGAAGAGUUGCAUUGGAAUAUAGAUUCUCAAACUUAUAAAUUCGCGAUAUACAUUUUAAUCUGACAACUUAUGAAUUAAAAAUACAUGCAGUAAAUAAUUAAAUUUAUUUAUUGUAAUGAAAGUCGCGUACAUUUAAAAAUUCAAUUCAUUCAAAAAUUUUAAAUUGCUUUUAUAUCACAACCUUUUUUACUGUUGAUUUAUAUCUAGAAAAUAUUGUUUUAUUUGUGAAGCAUAAUUAUAUUUUGGUGAUUUGAUGAUCGGAAUUAAAAAAGUCCGAUUGUUGGACAGUGCUGGUUAAACUAGUUCCAAACAUUGCCUUUUAAUUUUAAAACAAUUGUGAAUACAUCAAUUGAUUUCAAUUAGGUAAAAUACGGAAUUACAAAUUUUGUUAUAUUUUGAAGAAGAAAAUUGAAACGUGCUACUUAAAUUACGAUUAAAUUGGUUCAACCUUCUGCACAAUACUAGUCAUCUCAAACGAAACAAAACAUCAGUUUUAUUGUCUUGAAUUAGUUGAGAGCGUCUGUUUUCGAUAAAUUUACAAUGAGUUAAUAGCCAUGUUGCAAGGACGCAUUCAUCAAUUUAUUAUUACAUAUUCUAGUGACUUCACGAUAUAACUAAAAGUAUUCCCAACUCACAUUACAAAGACAGAACUCUGUAGAAACCAUAAACGAGCAACAGCAAAAUAAUAUAAUUAUUAUUAAUAUUAAUAAUAAUAAUAAGGAUGCAAGCAACUCAAUCAAAUCAUAUGCAAAGGUUUCUUCUUAGUGUGUAAGAUAUGUUUGUUUGAGAGUGAAAAAAAAUGAACUGAAUGAAGCAGAUGCGAUAAAUUUAUGGAUAACAAAUGCGAUAAGAGAGCAAUGAUGGUACUGUUGGAGUUGAUGAACAUAAAGGAAUGUCCUACCCACGAUAUUUUGAUCACCAGAUUAAACAUAUUACACUUUAAUGCAUGAAAUAUAUCCAUAUUUAGUGGAAAUAUUAGAUUAUAAUACAAAAUAGUACGACGGCCAACUUAGCGCCUUUCAAGUAAAAGUCGAUUGUAUUUAUUUCUCUAAUAAUGGAUACCAAUCAAUAAAAGCUAAUAUGGGAAACAGAUUUAGUUAUUGCAUUUGCUUCAAACCCAUGCAUUUUAAAUGCACUAGGAACAUUAUCUCUCUAUAAAAUGCAUUAUUUUCAAAAACGUUUUUUAUUUGCAUGAUUCUUAUUAAUAUUAGAAGAAUGAAACAGGUAUUACCCUUAAAUACAUACAUUUUUAGGAUGGGCUGAGUAGAAGCUAAAAACACAUUUUGAGGGAAUACGUAAAUCACAAAACAGUGAAACAGUUACUAUUUAGAAUGAUUCUCACUAUUAUUACACUUAUUGAUUAUUCUAUUGACAAGCAUAGUUCUACCAAAAUGUUUAAAAUGUUUAAAGCAAAGAAGUACUGAAAUAAAUCAUUGAAACAUA